AUGAAGCGGGGCCUGCCGGGCGGACGCCACAGUAUGGCGCCGCUGUUGGAGUACGAGAGGCAGCAGGUGCUGGAACUGCUCGACAGCGACGGGUUGGUGGUGUGCGCCCGCGGGCUCGGCGCCGACCGGCUCCUUUACCAUUUCCUGCGGCUUCACUGCCACCCGGCCUGCCUGGUGCUGGUGCUCAACACGCAGCCAGCCGAGGAGGAAUAUUUUAUCAAUCAGUUGAAGAUUGAAGGAAUUGAACACCUCCCUCGACGAGUGACAAAUGAAAUCGCAAGUACCAGUCGCUAUGAAGUCUACACGCAGGGUGGCAUUAUAUUUGCAACAAGUCGAAUACUCGUGGUUGAUUUCUUGACAGGUAGAAUACCUUCAGAUUUAAUAACUG